AUGUCGGGAGAUCAGCAUGUUGAUUGCCCUACUCAAGAGAGAGGUGAUGAAGAUCACGGUGAUGUAGUUGAUGCAAGGCCAGACAGAAGUAGCAGAUUCUCACUUUUUGGAAAAAAAAAAAAGAAUGGAGAAGAAGAACAGCCAAAGUCGUCUCUCAGUAACCAGUACCGAAUUGUCACACCCACAUUCCAGUAUAGUAUGGACUACAAGAAUGUUGGCAAAUGUAUUAUUAUAAACAACAAAAAUUUUGAAGACAAAACAGGAAUGGGUACGCGCAAUGGCACUGAUAAAGAUGCUGGAGAUCUAGCGAAGAGUUUUAGAAACUUGGGUUUUGAGGUUUACAUAUACAAUGACCGAAGCCGUGAUGAUAUGGAAAAAUUACUGAAGCAAGCUGCUGAGGAGAAUCACAGUGAUGCUGCUUGUUUUGCCUGUAUCCUUCUAAGCCACGGGGAAGAAGGCCUCAUCUAUGGUACUGAUGGACCCAUGGCUAUCAAGAGUUUGACUGCGCUAUUCAGAGGAGACAAGUGUAAAAGCCUUAUAGGCAAACCCAAAUUAUUUUUCAUUCAGGCAUGCCGAGGCUCUGAAUUUGAUGAAGGUAUACAAACCGACUCUGGACCUGCAAAUGAUACUCUAGAAACAGAUGCCAAUCCAAGAUACAAAAUCCCAGUAGAAGCAGAUUUUCUGUUUGCAUAUUCCACAGUGCCAGGUUAUUACUCCUGGAGGAAUCCUGGAAGAGGCUCCUGGUUUGUGCAGUCUCUGUGCUCGGUGCUAAAUGAACAUGGAAAACAACUUGAGAUCAUGCAGAUCCUCACACGGGUCAACUACGUGGUUGCCACGAAUUUUGAAUCCCAGUCUGAUGAUCCACGCUUCAGUGAGAAGAAGCAGAUUCCCUGCGUGGUCUCUAUGCUCACUAAGGAACUUUACUUCUGAAAGUGUAUUUUAAUGCAGCCAAUGAUGUGAGAUCAGGAUAUGGUUUUGGCAGGAGGUUUGAUUACAAACUGGAGUAACACAUUUUUAAUAACAGAAAUGUAAUUACACUAGAUUU